AAACACUCCUGCCAAGGGUCACUCAUGUUGAUUCGCGGGACGAGGAGCCGGAGGACUCGAUAUUCCCGGAUAAUGACGGAUUAAAACGCGUGUUUCCUGUCGAGGGGGAUGAAAGCCACGCGCGGGGUUUGGACACUUAAGAAAAUCAAUGUUAAAGCCGGUUUCCCUAAAACUUAAUAUACAACUUUGCAUACGACUCUGGAACUAUAAAGAACGAAUAACCUGUGGAAGAACUCAAAAUGAGGGCUUCCAAUUCAUGAAGACAGCCACAAAUUCUUCCUCCAGCCCUUCACACAAUGACCCGGAGAACAGCGCACACUCUGUGUGGGAGGAUUCUUAUUGGGGCCAUAACGGGAGUCAUGAGGAUCUACUUUUUGCGACAGGAAGCUGUAAAAAAAAAAAAAAAAAAGAGAAAAAAGAAGCAACAUCUCAUCAGGCUGUGUCUCUCGCUCACGUCAACCAUCACCCCCGGGGACGAAGGGACACAUCAGAACCGGACUCGAUCUUUGCACAAAUGUGACCUUUGGGUCGAGACCCUCACCCCAAGUUGACCUUCUGCGCGGGAACAAAGACGGGACUUCAGCGUGUGGCGACAAGAGGCCGAUGCCUUCCGGCGUCACGCUGCAAUGGGCUCCUUUCAAACAUCUGUUUUCGGGUUUUUCAUUAGCCAGCUGUGCAUCGGUCAACUGAGAGCACAUCUGGGCACCACGGCCAACAUUAGGCCCAUUGUGGUUGGUCGGUGCUACAAUUACAUCACUCUGGUCACCCCCAGCUUGAGGGUUGACUGUGAGGACAUCUGGAGACGGUUCGAGGAGUCGGUCGUCCUUCGGUCGUCCUUCAACGCGACGGUGGAUUACCAUCAGAUGUUUGACGCCGUUCCUCAGACGUGGCCUUGUAACAGGUGUCUCUUCUGGAGUCAAACCAGGAACCUAAUGCACAGCUACACGGCCGUGGAGCGUCACUUCUGGACCUUGGAGGACACGCUGGUCGGCUUCAUGUUCAACGAGCUGGUCUGGUGCGGACGGGAGAAACGCUCCGGUUUUGAUUUCGGAUCUUGUCCCCCUUGGGCUCCGAGUAGACGUCACCCAGUGUACUCCCUGUGGAGGCAAGCCUCGCAGAACUUCGCGGAAAUGGCAUGCGGCAACGUCACCGUGUUGCUGAAUGGGUCGAUUUCCAACGCCUUCAAUAGGCAAAGCAUGUUUGGAAGUGUGGAACUGGACGGGCUGGACCCAUGCAGAGUGGACUAUGUCCACAUAAGAGUGGUGACCAAUCUAGAGGGACCUUUCACAGAAUCCUGUAGUAAAGGAUCCAUUGCAGACUUGAUCCAGAUCCUGCGGUCCAGAGGCUUCCGCUGGACCUGCACACUCAACGACGAGACCCUGAUGAACCUUCAGUGUGUCCAGAACCCCGAGCAGGCCUCCUGUCAGCGAUGUGCGAGCGGCUUCUCGCGUGGGACGGAACCACCCACGGACCCGUGUGGCUGUUAAAACCGAUGGGAGGACGAAAAUGAGUGUUUCGGUUUGUCCCAUCGUUCCCUUCACGGGAUUCCACUUCAUCGUGGGAUCAAGUCAGAAAACUGAUCUGUUUUCGAUGAUGGGAUCAGUUAGUCCUGACUAUGUCAAGAUAUAGUUACAGAUUUAUGCUUGUGAUGUUUUCGUUUUCUUCAAAUCGGUGUGUGAUUAAAUCUGAUCACAUGUUUUGCAUCGACGGAGGUUCAUUUUGCUGCAGCAUCAUCAUGUUGUCUGCUUUUAUGGGUUAAAAGGUCAAGAGGCACCUUAAGUGGGGAAGAGUUACGAGUUGCAAGGGCGUUGCUCGGUGAGCUCUCACACACACACACACACACACACUCCGUCACCGUCCGGUACGCUGCAGCCACGGCCGAGGACGAGAGCCGGCUGGUAUUUCUUGUAUUUCUUGUUUUCAAAUUGUGUGUUUUACUGUCGCACCUUGUUUAACGUUCUUGGUAAUAAAACGGUUUCGGAUUUAUUAUUUUAACCUCUGCUCAUACAAUACAAGUAUUAUUCAGAAGGUGAAGAGUUGAAAGAACAAGAGCAGAAACCACGAGGUCAGGUGAGGUCAGGUGAGGUGAGGUUAGG